UCUCUCUCUCUCUCUCUUUCUCUGUCGCUCUCUGACACACCCAAAACGCAACUCAUUUGCGUCUGCUUAGACUAAAUUAGGGAUAGGCCACCACUCAUCUUCGCACAUCAGACAAGAUAUUUAGGUAGAAAAGAGCUGCACAGUUUAGCUCUGUCUGCACCUUGUAUUUCUUCUAGAACACUUUAAAUUCCUCAGGAAGAAGCCACAGAAUCUGCAGACUUUCCUUCAUGGCUCCAAACGGAGGAACGUUUUUCGUUAUUCUCAUAAUGGCUGGCGUAGCCUUUGCUAAGCCUCCAGAUGUGAUGCCUGUGGAUAAAGCCACAUUCAAGGACAUCACCAAACAGCUGAUGAAAAAAUGCCACAAUCAGGGAUACCCGGUGUCCAAGAUGACGCUGCUGAAAGCUAUCUUCAAUAGCAGUGACCUGCCUGCAGGAGACAGAAGUGCCGACCAGUACAACCCUGUGCUGUCGACGUUUCUUCGAGUCCUGGACGAAGUCACCGCUGAAUCAGGCAGAGACUUGGUUAUUCAACAGGCCAUGGAUGUCCCAGAAAAAAUGAUGUGGAACUGCAGCACUCUCCCAGCCAUGAUCAAGAUGAUGAGCAACUCCUCUGAUCCAUCUGCAUGUUACAUGAAGGCCCUAGUGGCUCCUCUGUCCUGGUCGGCACUGACCACACGGAGUGAGGACUCGGACAUUGACUCCAACGACUACGACACACUGCUGUCGGCUGCCAAACCUGUGCUGCAAGAUAUACCCCACGCAAGAAUGGAGCUCCCCCCAAAAGUAGGGGCCAAAAACAUGAAAAAGAUGAUGAACAUGCUUGGGGAUGUAUAUGAGCCCAUGACUGAUGAUCAAAGGUCUCGGGUGCUAAACUGGGCAAAAGAGUGGAUCACCCAAAACCACUUCAACUGCACCAUGAUGCCUCCAAAUGGGGCAAAAUCAGCCCUGAAGGACAGCUGCAAGCCCUCCCUGAAAUGGCUGGAUAUGGACGCACUCAGCAUGAUGGGCCCGUAUCUCACCCUUUUAUCCCCAGCUGAUGUUGAUUCUUCUCCCAAAGAAAAUCUGUGCGACUUCUUCAGCUCAGCUCAGUUCAGCAGCAGCAUGACCAGGGCGACCAGGAUGAAGCCCAGCCUUGGCAAGAAGUUUCUGCAAAGAAUCCAGCAGUGCCUUCCAGAAAAUGAGUUCCAGCAGCAUGUGGAUAAACUGGGCCCACUGGCAUGUUAUUACGAUGCUCCAGACUUGACUCCUGACCUCAGCAAGAAUCUCCUCUCUCAGCUCAAAGACUGUGACAACCCCAUGAUGUCAAAGCUGAAGAAGCGUCUGGUCAACAGCGUGAUGUCAAACCCCAACAACACCGGAGCUCUGCGCGACCUGGGCCGCAGCGUUAAUUUGCUCUCUCCCAAACAACUGUGGGAAAUCCCGGCAAAAAAUCUGAAAGAUGCUCUCAAAAGUCUUGGCCCCAACAUCAAAUGGACGCGGAGCCAGCUCCGCACUCUAGUCCGGAAACAGCUGGGCGAUAAGAAGUGCGCCGAGGUGUCAGGCGGUGAGCUGAUGGCGCUCCAGUCGCUUGCAGCAGGUUUGCCGAGCUGUGUGCUCAAGAACGUUAAAGCCCAGGAAAUCCUGAAUGACACAGAAGCCUUGAGGAGCGUCUCCAAGGAGAUGAGGAAGGGCCAAUUGAAGACCAUGCUGCAGGGGCUGCUCAGGAAGCUGUCUCCCUCGGAGCUGGUGCAGAAGUUGCCCGGCCCUUUGCUUCGCAAAGUUUCUCUCAACAGUUUAGACAAAGCAAACAUCACCUCUUUGGAGAAGGUGGAGAAUAAAACCUGGAGACUUUCUCAGGCAGCUUACCUGGCGAAGAAGAUGCAGGACCUGAAGCAGCUUCAGUUCAGGAGGCUGCACUCGGUCCUUCAGGGGAUAACGUGUAAGAUGAUUGAUGGAGUUGCUGACCGCAGCACACUGGACAUGGCUCAGGCCAUAGCACAGACUCCACAGUGGCUCUCAAAAGUCCAGGCUAUGUGUGCUGCCAAAAAGCUCUUUAUGACUUUGGAGAAAGAGCGAAGUGACUUCUUCCAAAACAUCACUGAGCAAGAACUGGAUAUGAUUCCCACUCUGUUACUACUUCACCUCCCGCCCUUGAAGGUGAGGGAUUUGCCUGACUCCGUGUGUCCGGCCUUCAUUUACAAAAUGGAAACAGCCAACCUGAGCGUGUUGCCUCCUCGUUCCCCGUCCCGCCCUGCACUCGCCCAGAGAGCCCUGCUUUGCCUUGCAAAGGGGAAGGAUUUAUCAGAGCUGACUGCUGCUGACGUGUUGAGGCUUGGACCGCUCUUGUGCGAGAUGGCGCCCUCCAAACUGCGCCUCAUGGCCCCUGAUGUAAUGAGGGUCAGUGUUAAGGCCAUGGUUUCCUGCCAGCACAUUCCCCAGCGCCACAGGAUGGACCUGAUGCAGCUGGUCAACAGCACAUUUGGGAGUCCUUCUGAUUGGUCACCUGAAACUAUGGAAUCACUGGGUCCCCUCCUUCUGUUGGACGAGAGGACCAUAUCUGACCUACCCAAUAAACCUUGGAUGAAGGAUGCUCUUGUUUUCAUGAAGUCCCAGCUGAACAAAACCUCAGACGCUCUGAAAAGGAAAAUCUUUUCCCUCACCACCAGCGCAGCAUCGAACGCAGCGCGCAAAAAGAGAGCAGCCCCCAGUGACAUCAAAGGACCCACCGAGUCAUUGAUUGAGGAGCUGGGAAUGAACAACGUCUACUGGACACCCUCAGAGCUGGACAUGAUGUCAAACAGCACUUUCCUGGCUACUGUGGAAAUUCUUGGAACGAUUUCUGGCUACAGUGCAGAACAGCUGGAUGUCCUGAGUAAAAAAGCAGUUCAGGCCUUCGGCCCCGUGUCACAGAUGACUGAGGACGUGGUCUUGCAGCUGGCAUGCAUAACUCAGGGUUUCAACAACUCCGACCUGGAGAAGCUCCCCAUACCUCUGGACAACGCGGAGGACAUUGCCCAAUGCGGCUGGAGAGAUUCUCAGAUGGAGCCGAUGUGGAAGGCUGUUGCUAAAUAUAACAACCUGACGGCUGAGCAGCUGGGGGCGGCAGAGAUGGUAACGCUGAACCGUUUCAUCUGUGGUCUGAAGCCCGACGAGAUCAGGAAGCUUAACAUGGACGCCUUCAGGGAGGCUGUGGGGUCCAUGGAUGGAGUUCAGUGCUCCCUCGCGGUUGAGCGGGAGCUCAGGAAUCUCGCUGUGGCUGCGUUUGGAAAGCCCAGCUCCUGGAGCGAAGCGCGGGUGUCUGACCUGGGACGCAUCAUCGCGGCCUUAAAUGCAACUGACAUGGCCUCCCUGGACCCGUCUACCUUCUCUUUUUUUAGCAGAGGUUGCAUCCCAUACAUUCCUUCCGACAACUUUGCUGCACUCUCCCCGGCUCAGUUGGAGGCUCUGGGGCCCGACAAUGCCGCCAUGGUAACCAGUGAUCAGAAAGCUGUGAUGAGUGAUGAUCAACUGGCCGCCCUGGAAAAGGCUUCAACAGAUCCUCCUUCCCCAACACAAAGCACAGAGUCAGGGGCUCCUGUGCUGAGCGUGGAGGGGAUCUGUGCCUUCAUGAAGCCGCUUCUGUUUCUCCUCCUUGGUCUGCUGCUGCUGUGAUCAGAGGCGUCCCGUCCAGCAGCUAAACUAGACACAGCCUCGGCUAACCAAGCACACAGAGCCUCAGCUGCUGAGAUAUAAUCCUCAUAGAGCACUUUAAAAGCAUGUAAUCCUUCCACACUUGUCCCCUUUUAAGGUAAAGAUUCAGCUAGGAUUCCUUGUCUAGAUUAAACCAGUGUGACUUAAAUACAAAGUGACAUGUAAGGGUUCCCUGGUCUCCUACAUAUUCUAUCCAUUCUAUAUAUUUGAAAAAAGUAUAUUUUAAAAUAAUAAAAGGAAACUUUUAAUGUUAGAUUCUUUAAUGUCCUGUGAAGCUAUACAGUUUGUACUUUCAUUUCAAAGGCUGAUUAAAAGAUUAGAAACCUGAAUUUAUCAUUUUUUAAAAUAUAUUUAUAGACGAAGACAUGACUUAGACAGUUCUUAUUUUUGCUCAUUAGUGAUUACUUUAUCACAUAAAGAGUGUAAGUAGAAAUUAACAGAAAAUGAGGUGAAAAUGAAAAUGAAAAUGAAAUGAGGUUCAUCUACAGAAACAGUAAUGUUGGCUAAUGAUGGUUGGAGAAAUUCCUGAGAACUGUCGGCAUAAAACAAAAGCUGAAAAAAAAAAUCGCAUUUUUGAAAAAGGCCAAAAUGCAUGAAGGCACCUUCACAAAACAGUUUUUUUUUUUUUUUUUAAAGUUGCCCCUGAUCUGGAGGUUUUUCUGUGCAUCCAUGUCACAAACUGAUCUGUGCUGACAGCCACAGCAGCCUGUGGCAGCCCCUUUUUAGUCACAUAGCAUUAUUUAAAUGUUUCAUAGUGUCAGAGACUGAAGAAAUGCAAAGUGAAAAUAAGAUAUCCACUGUCUGUUCACAGAGAGAUUCAGAGGAAUAUUUUCCUACGUAAAAAUAGAAUAAAAAUGUUUUACUUCCAUCUCUUGUUUCAUGAGAGGGAAUAGGUCAGCUAACCUGAUGCAAAUGCAGCACGCUCCAUUUAAAAAUAGUUGCAUGUUAUCAUCAUUGUUUUCUUUUUUCAUUGAUUGUGAAAGGUUAAUCCAAAAUAAAUGCAGUGAUACCACAUGCCUUUUCAUUUUCCAAAGCCUGAAAUUUCUACCCUGAAUCCAUGUUUCCAGAAGGUUCCACGUCCAUGCUUAGUUCUUAAGAGAUAGAAGUGGGCACAGACCUUAAACAUCUAUUAAGGGCAGAAAGGGAAGUUAUCAAACCAAUGGAUAACAUCAGGCUUUGGAAAAUGGUUCUCAAUAAAUUAAAACAAAUGCACACUCAUAAUAUAUCUUAAACCACUUCAAAACUACAUCUCAGUGACUCCGGACACACACACACACACAGGAACGAAAACCUUCUCAGUAGCACGAAAGUACAGAAAUGAAAAGAAAUGGACCUCAUCGCCGUUGCCAAACAAUCGCGACCAAAACAGGCUCCUCUACAGCCACAUCAUAACGUCAGUCAAACUGAGCAUCCUCUGAGCAUCCUCUGAGCCGAUGACUGAACGAGCAGUGAUGCUGGCGGGAGAAUCACUGGGUUUUUCUUAGCAUCCGUCUUUAGAUUGCUGUGGUAGUCUUUGGUAAAGUCUGUGCACAACUCAUGAAUGAAGGAAUUCCAACAACGAAAAAGGCACUUUCAGAUAUUUUCUUGCCGACUGAUGACGCUUUUCUGUGUUUUUACCGCCUUAAG